AGCAGGUUGGUGAGGAGGCAGACUGGACAUGGAAAACCCUUAAUUUUUUUCCUUUGGCACAUGGACGUUGAUGGAUAACAACCACACCAGUCGGAUUUCUCAGUGGGAUUUGUUUCAUUUGAGUGUCUUACUGGAGUUUUACGCCGUGAAAAGUCACCGCAGGGGAAUAACGGAGGACCUUUACGCCGCUUUGGAGGAGGCUUUGGCGGUGUUGAGAAACGCGUUAAACAAGGCGAAAUGUGGAGACCCGACCUGACAAGUGCUUAACUGAAGUCCAAAGAUAGCUCCACAUGCAAUGCGAUCUGGAUGUCCCUACAGCGAAGCAGGAGCCUAUCCUGCAUUCCAGCACCAGAGUGAUGAUGGUGCUCUCGCAUCACCUCAGGACAACAACACCACACCUGUACCAGUGAUUGACCCUGCAAAUGGAAUACAAAAAAACAUAGUAGCCACUCAAUAUCCUUGGGACCUCAGAGUGUCUUACAUUCCUGGUCAGUGGCAUCAAGGCAAAACACAACUGCAACAAAAUCUCCAGGGACUCCGCCAAAUGGAGACACAGUCAAGCAUAACAAGCACUGAAUUCCAGUACCCAAAACCCAGGAGCCCUCAGAACAGUCUCUACAAAAUAAGGAGAAAAGCAAAUACUAAUGCUGCGUCUGAGAACAAAAAGCAGAGAUCUCGCUCAUUGCUGGUUGCCUUACUGGAAGGAAAUUAUCAAGAGUUUGAAUCCUGUUUUACUAACCCCUCAUCUUCUUCAGAAGAAACAAGUACUUGUACUAAUUUGUCAGGUGAAAUACACUGCAAGAGUCAGCAAGUGAGAAGUCCACCAGCUGUGCGUAAUGGUGGAAAGACUAGAACACAAAAUCUGCAUCAUUUAGGAGGAACUCAUGCCAACCCCCAGCAGCAGCAGGUCUCCUCUUCCUCUCUCAGCAGGCAGCCAUCCACAGACAAAGUCUUGCCAGUUGGAGAAAUGGUACCACCUACAGAUGACCAAAUACAGAACCAUAUUGCAAAAAAGGUUGCCCAUUUUCGGGCCAGUUUAACCCAGCAAAACAGAAAUGAUGGACACACAUUCACCGGUGAGGGAUGGGAUUUUUCCGCUAAUAUCAGGGACUCUACACCCCAGUCUGACUCCAUCCAGUCGAAUAGUGUUGCUCAUUUCCCGACAACCUCUGCCUCAGACAGAGUUGUGAAGAGGCAAAGUCUCAGUUGUGCUGUGGUUAAACGGUGCACUGCUACACUUGGACAAGCACUUAAAGAGGACAGUUCAAGGGGCAGCAGAGCAAAUGCAGAGUUAACUCCGAGUUCUAAAGAGACCAGUGAUUGUGCUACAUUUACAUCAAAGAAACCUUCAACAGGUACACUUGCCUCUGAUAUAAGAAACUCAAAACAUGCUCCUAAGACUGAAUCUUUUGACAAGAGGGCAUUGGUAGAUUUUGAAUUGUCAGUAAAAGAACACUUGGAUGUGACUAUGUCUGCAAAUGAGGAUGUCAGACAUGUUUAUUCAGGUGACUGUGAAAAUAAAACAUUUGUCUGUAGCAAUGGUGAAAUGUUCUAUAGUAAAUGGCGUGAUAAGAACUUAACAAAGAGUGGUGUAACCACUCUUUGUUAUUCGUUAACUGCACUGAAGGAGCUGAUUGCUUCUCUGGAGAAUGUAGAGACCAUUGCAGAGAUGGAUAAUUUUCCUAAAGUCAUAGUGCAGCAAUAUUGGAAUGGGGAUAUAGAUAACAUUCAUCUUUUUGAAUCUGCAGAAUAUCCACAAAUUAUGGGGAAAGUUGCUGCCACUUGCACAAAGAAUGAAGAUGAGAGUCCAGUGGUUCUCACCGCAGUGUCUGGAAUGACCUUGGAUGAACUGACUGAGAAGUACUCCCGUUCAUCGCUCAACUGCAGCUCAUCACAAGAAGAAUAUAAUUCUCUUUGGUUACAUAUGAACAAGAAUUUGGAUCACACAGACCAAAUGCCUGGUGUUUCUUUGGCUCUCAAACACACAACAGAGAGGGGAAAAGGAGAUACGAGCCUAAAACCAGUGGAGGCAGGAGGGUUGAACAAUGUGGAAGGUGUGACUGAUGUCUCAGAGAUUCAUCAAUCCAAGUCAAGUUCAGUUGUACCUAGAAAGAAAACAUUUGAACACACAUCACUCACUGAAAGUCAAGAUGGAAAUACAAAACAAGUAAAAAACAUUGAAGCACAGCAAUGCAGUGUUACCCGUAAGGAAGUGGCCGCACAUUCCAAGCAGGUUCGUAACGUGGUCUCAACUCCUACAAAUCAAAGUGAACGUCUGUGCAACCACACAAUUGUUGAAUGUGUGAAGGAUGACGUGGGUUCUGUACAUUUACAAACUGAUGUAAGUGUAGCAAUUUCUACAAAAGACAAAGAAGAGGCAGCACUGUGUAAAAGUAAGGGCGGGGAAGCACUCUCUGUGAACAUUGUAAAAAAUCCACAAUAUGAAGACAUUUCAGAUGAUGAAGACAGGCCACAGCUGUCCGCAAAACUCCCAGACACAGAGCACAAGGAAUUACAUUUUUCAUCAUAUUUUGAAGAAUUUCAGUAUGAAGAUAUAAGUGAAGAUGAAAAUCCACAGAUUGAGAUUGAGAAUGUGGCUGUGGAGAGGCCUUCACUGACACAAGUACCUGAAACAAAUGAUAAACAGUUAUCAUUUAGACCAUUGGAAAGCCGUGGGCAUGUACAGGGUCAGAGACAUGUGAGAUGGCAAACAAACCACUCCAAUUCAUGUAGUCCUUUGAAAGAUGAGACUGAUGAUCAGGUGGAUGAUGACUGGCUAGUCAUUCCUUUAAGCAUGUCUGACCUUAAAUUUGAACCAGAAGAUGAGGAGCAGGACCGCCCAGAAAAUGUUGUCCCAGAUGAUGGUGAAACUGAAGACAAGCAAACACAGUGUCACACAUAUCAAGUACCAGCUUCUCCUUCUUCCCAGAUGGAGGUGUUUGACACAAUCGAGAGCUUUCUACAAGCAAAAAAUGUACAACUUAAGAAUAGAUUUGAGGUGGCAUCAGGCUGGAGCACAACCGAACAUGAACUAGACUCUAAGGGAGAACCACAUACACCUCAAAACCGGAGAGAGUCAUACUCCGACACUGAAGACAGCUGUGAAACUGAGGACAGUUGUGAUUACUCAUCUGGAUCAGAACGCAACUAUUUGACUGUGCCCAGGCAGUUGUUGAAGAGGCCAGCAACUCUGCCCCCAGAGACAGAUGAGUCUGUGUCUAAAGAGGAUGAAAAUGAGGUUGCCAAUGUGCAAAAAGGUCAAACCAGGAGCCUGAAAAAGUCGGGCUUGCAGAAACUUAGACAGCUGAUUCAAGACAAUGCUGCCUCAAAGCAUGUUCAACAUAAGACCAACGGCCAAAAUAUGUCAAAAAAGGAUGAAAUAAUUAUCCUCGAUUCUGACACCGAGGAUGAAAGUGAGCAAAACAGCAAAGAGAAGGCAAAAAGGAAGAGGUCAUUCUCUUCAGGCUCGGACGGCAGUGGAGAAGCCAAAUGUUAUCAAAAAAAGAGACGUUCACCUGAAACUGUGGACAGUGCGCGUGGGACUGUUAAAGAACAGUUUGAAAAAGACAGACUGACACCUGCAGACGCACCAGUGCCACAGCAACAGUUGACACUUCACGACACGCGUUUUAAAGAAGUGAUGCAGGAUGUACUCUCUGAGUGGUCACACAGUUCAGAAAAGAGUGGACAACUGAUUGAAACCAAAGGGGACUCUGAGCAUGUUCAGCAUAGCAGACAAAAGAUGUCAACCACAGAAAGUGUAAUAAUCAUUGACUCUGACACAGAGGAUGACGUUGACCAAAGCUACAAAAAGGCUAACCAGAAGAGACAGUUCUCUUCAGCGUCAGCAGAUGGUGUCUCAUGUGGUCACCAAAAGAUAAAUUCACCUGAAUCUGUGGACAAUGAAUUUGAAAGUGCUGAACAAACUGCCAACAGAAAGACUAAAAGCCCCAGACUGUCAUCUGAAGACUUGCCAAAGAAGCCACCCCAGUCUGUGGGCAAGGAGACAGACUCCUCUUUAAAUUCUAAUCCUGUGAUUCCUCGCCUUAUUGUUGUGAAGUCCUCUCGACCCACUGAAUACAUAAAACUUGUAAAAGAACCUAGAGUCCACGUGCAGGUUAAUGAUGAAACUCAGGCUCCAAAGACCCCAACAGGAACCACCAAAAAUACUGUCUGUGAAAAGAAUACACAACAUUUGCAUAGAAAUGGAAAAAGAAUGUUUAUGUCCAAGCCAAAACCUGCAAAUGGUAGACAUCGUUCUACAAAGAAUAUGAUUCAGACCAGUGCAGUAGAACCAGGACUGAUUUCAAGACAACACUUGUUGCCUUGCCAGGAAGGCCCAUCCACUUCCAUCGGUAGCUUGUCUUCCACAAGUGGACAAACUUCUGAAGCCAGACUAAUCUCUGCCUCCCGUAUGUCUCAGUCUGGAGGCAUGUCUCAGUCUGGAGAAACCUCCAAACCUUGUGGCCUUCCUAAGUCAAAGCAGAGCACAUCUACUCCCAGACCACAUUUGUCCUCAUCCAAGCUGCAGCUGUCCCGCUCUUUGAGCAACCCCCCAACACUAAAUUAUUCUUGCACUCACCCAAAAGGCCCAACAUCUUCUGCAACCAUGCAGUCAUCUGCAAGGGAACAUGUGAACAAUAACUGGAAGAACAGCUUUUUCCCAACCAGGAGAGACAGAAAAAGUAACCUGGAGGACUUGAGAACCAGUCAUUAUGAUUCAAGGAGUGAUGCUAGACAAGGACCUAGUCACUGUGACAGGGCACCCAGACAGAGACACAACUCCCACAAUACUGCAGCCCCCCUGAUGAGGAAGACCAAGCCUGUUGCCGUAGAAUUGACAAGGGCCAGAAUUCGGGAUGCUCCAAGGAAACAAUGGUACUCUGUGGGUGAUGGUUACAAGUGGUCAGAGAAGCCAACAGUGGCUAAGCCAACAAAAGGUUCCGACAGGUAGGGGAAGAAAUGUAUGACCCCUCCAAGACCCCAUCUUUGAGGGAAAAGGUGCCUGUGUUUCACUCCCAGAGGGUCAGGUGUUCCAUGCCUGAAACCAGCUGUUCCUGUUGUUGUAGUUGAUUCUAGCUUUGAUUUUCCAAAGCAUUUGUGUAUAGUUCCAUGACGGACACCUUGUACCUAUAUCCUAAAACUGAAUAUUCUGUAUUUUAACUGCAUGUAUAUAGACAUACUGUAAAGAUAUUAAUAUGAGCGGUUUGUAUUUUUUUUACCAGCUACCUCAGUGUGUGAAAAUGCAACAUUAAGCUCUUGCAUGCAAAGUUUCAGAAUACAGUCUAAACAUUUCAGAUUUUUUUAUGUAUGUAUGUAUAUAUAUAUAUAUAUAUAUAUAUAAGUGUGUGUGUGUGUCAUCGUCAUUCUUCUUUUUAAGUUCUUUAUUGUUCAUUGUUUUUAUUCUUUGAAAACUCAGCACUGAUUUCUUAUGGGUAAUGUCACAUUUGUCUUUAAAUAGUUG